AUGUCGACAACAAAAUUACUGGCACAAGUCGCAGAGAGCCCGCCCACGCCGCUUCACGGCCAAAAUGGCAAAAAAUACGUGGCCAAGAAACAAAAUGAAGGCACCGGCGCCAUAAACGACAGGAUUUUGCUUGGCUCUCUGGCUUUGCUUGUCCUGUGGUAUGCGCCAAUGUCCUUCACGUACUUUCUCAGCGAGAUGCCAAGUUCCGUGGGCGAUAAAAUGCUGCAUGCCCUCGUAUCACGCGAAUUUGCGUACGGCAACGGGUCUGGCCACCCCGACGACUACGGUCCAGGUCAAUAUUUCGUCCUGUUACGAAACAUAACGUCCAUGCUCCCUCACACCAUCAGCGGCACAGUGGCCAUCAUCACGGGCCUUUUGCAAUUCAACAAGACUUUUCAGUUUAAAUAUCCCAUUGUCCAUCGAAGUCUCGGAAGGGUAUACGGUCUCUGUGCUUUGAUCAUCUCCGGGUCGUCGGCGUCCUUCCUCAUCGACACGAUCCCAACGAGGGAGGUGUUCUCAGGCGAGUCGUUUGCCAUGAUUUUAUCCAUGCUAAGCCUGGGUGUCUUGGUGACCAUGGCACUGGCAGUGUACGCCGUCUGGAACGGAGACGUCGGCUCUCACCGCGAGUUCAUGAUGCUCAAUUACUCGUUGAUGCUGUCUGCCCCCUUUCUCCGGCUCUGCUGGAUUGUACUCGGACGACUGUGGGGAGAGACCAAAUGGACCGUCAACUUGUACAGCGCCGUAUUUGCUGGUCCAUUUCUGGUGGCCGCUCCGAUAUUUUACCUUCGUCGACGCCAGUCUCGCCCCGUCAACGAGACGCUUACCAGCAGCAGGCUUCGGCUCAUCAUCGCCGCGUCUUCGCUUUUGAGUCUGGCCUUCCUGAGACCCAAGCUGUCAAGUUUCGAUCAAUGGUCACACCGCCCGAAAGCAGAUUUUUGGUUCACCGUCCCGCAAUGGGGUUUCCAUGCCAUCAGCUUCACGCUUCUCUCCCAGGCCGCAAAACGUAGGGGAGACAUGCGCGCCUACACUGCAUGGGCAACGUACCAGAAUGGGUUAAUUAGCGGUCCGGUUUUUGCCGUUCCCACGUACUAUCUGUGUCGCCACGUGUUUCUGUGUCCGGAAGGUAUCAUGGGGCUCUGUACGUUCUUUGGCGGGUGGUUAAUGGGGCUGUUCUCUUCCCAUAUCGUCUAUGUGACUGCCACCUCGACGUUUGCAAAAGGACACAAGCACUCGUUGAAGGGUGAGUAG